AUGGAGACUCGGCCGGGGACAGUGAUGGAGACUCAUCCGGGAGCAGUGACUGAGGCUUGGUCGGGGGCAGUGACGGAGAUUCAGCUGGGGUCACUGAUGGAGAUUCGGCUGGAGGCAGUGACCGAGCCUCAGUCGGGGGCAAUGAUGGAGACUCAGCUGGGGGCAGUGAUGGGGACAGCCAGGGGCAGUGAUGGAGACUCGGCUGGGGGCAGUGAUGGAGACUCAGCCGGGGGCAAUGACGGAGACUCGGCCGGGGGCAGUGACGGUGACUCGGCCGGAGGCAGUGACGGAGGCUCAGCUGGGGGCAGUGACAGAGGCUCAGUCGGGGGCAGUGACGGAGGCUCGGUCGGGGGCAGUGACAGAGACUCGGCUGGAGGCAGUGACGGAUGCUCGGUCGGGACACUGACAGAGAUUCAACCAGAGGCAGUGAAAGACACUUGGUCGGGGGCAAUGACAAAGACUCGACCAGGGGAAGUGACGGAGACUCGACCGGGGGCCGUGGUGGAGACUCGGCUGGGGGCAGUGACGGAGACUCGUCUGGGGGCAGUGAUGGAACUUGGCCGGGGACGGUGA